UUCGUUAUUCCUAUAAGCAUCUUAAAGACGAGAUAUACUCAGAACAUUUUCGUUUGCAAAACUACUUCAUUGUCUGUCUGAGCUAGUUCAUUGGUGCUGCUUUUUGGUUGUAAAAAGUUUGCUGAAUUCAAGGAUGAAACAACUUAGUCAAGCCAAUCACUUUAAAAAAAUCGGCGUUGGAUUUCGGUUCGGGUUAGAGAGUUUCGACCUUAUUCUCCGUGUUCAUGGUAGAGAUAUUCCAGUCCACCAGCUGAUUUUGGUCCGUGCCAGCAAAUACUUUGAGUUUCUCUUCAGUGGACGCUUCGAGGAGUCUGGGAAGAAAGUCAUAGAAAUGGAUGAGUUUGAAUUUGAGAUCGUGGAAUUGGUUGUGGACUUCAUUUAUUCUAGAACCGUAAACCUUUCUAGCGAUAACGUAGUGGAUGUUUACGAACUGGCUGACUUCCUGCAGGUGACCAAGCUGUUGCUGUUUUGCAUUCGUUUUAUGGUGGAGUCUGUAAAUCCGACCAAUUGCAUCGCCUACUGGAAGUUAGCAGAUUUCUAUUCUAUGCCUCCAUUGCGGGAAAUUUUACAAACGUAUAUUUGUAAACAUUCCGGAAAAGUGGUGAAGACCACCGAUUUCCUGGAGUUGGAAUUUGAGGAUGUAAAGUCUAUAAUGACGAACGUCGAGAUGAGCAGACUCGAAUGGGUCAAAUCAUAUAAGUCAAUUUUCUCAGCAAUGAAGGCGUGGAUGAACCAUGAUACAACUAGGAGUGUGCACUCAGAAAGCCUCGUGACUCCAACAAGGAAUAAGGGACAGCUUAAACCUGAUUCUAACGCCGAAAUUGUUUGCAGUGGAUUGGCUAAGCUUGAGUGCAGUGAAUAAGCCCUAAUGCAACCGUGUAGGGUGGGCACCAAGGGAAGCAGUUCGCAAGAACCGUGGAAAUUGGGGGGAAAAACUUUUAGACAAUGCAGUUCUAACAAACAAGUUCGUUAUGGAGUGUCUUUAUGGUCGAAACUGAUUGUUGGACAACUUCAACCUUUACAGAUAUCGAAGUAGUCAAUCAUGGUGUAAACUCAAAUUUCUUAGGUGUACACAUUUUGGUAAUGUCCCAUAUUAACACAAAUUCCACUUCAUUGUAUAUUAUCCCAAAAAGACAGUUUUUAAUCUCAAUACCAGCAUAAUUGAUUAUUGUGUGAAUUAUAAUAAUAAAGUACGAAUUUCAAUAUAAAUGUGGUGUUUAA